AUGGAUAAGCACUGGGGCAUGCAUCACCAUGAGAUCGCAAAGUUUGCCAACGACAAGACUGGCAGAGGCAAGGCACCGGCCCCUGGAACUGAGACCGUCCCUGAGUCUGAGAGGUACUGGCUUGGUCAUGACCGUUUGUAUGUCAACUAUCUCGCCAACCGCCAGAACUCUGAUGCUCUGGCCGAUGUGUUCCAUCGCACAUUUCUGCAGCAGCUCAACUCUCUUUCAGAAGAAUGGAGUACUAUCAACCUCUUUGAGACGUUGAAAACCCUGAUGGCAACGAGCGCUAUUACUUCACUGUUCGGCACAAGAAUAUUCGACCUCAACCCGGAUUUGAUCAACGUCUACUGGCAGUUCGACGACAUAGCUGGUCAUUUAGUCUGGGGACUUCCCAAGUUCCUCCAGCGACGAUCUGUUGCCACUAAAGACAGGCUGCACUCGAUGACUCUCAAAUAUGUGAAUUCGGCCUGGGAGAAUUUUGACUGGGACAGUUCCGAAAGUGAAAGCCCCUGGGACCCUCACUUUGGAUCACGACUGUGUCGCGAGACUGCUAAAUGGUUCCGGGAGAAUAACUUUUCUAAUCAUGCAGCAGCCGGACAUGCGGUGGGUGCUCUGUUUGGACUUAAUGGAAACACGAUACCUAUCACAACAUGGAUUAUGAUGCACGCCAUUCAAGACCCCGUUCUUUUCGAGGCGCUGCGAAAAGAAGCUUUAUCUGUCUAUGAAGAUGAUCCCCUGACGGGAGAGCGACACGUCAAUACUCAAAAGCUUAUCAAUCUACCUCUGAUGCAAUCCGUAUACGUUGAGGCUAUGCGUGUGCAUGUGUCAUUCAAUGUCACUAGACAGGCUUCACAACCUUUGGCGAUAGGCGGAUAUGCCAUUGAAAAAGGUGCACUCGUUCAAGCCUGCUCAAAGAUUGCACACUUUGAGGAAUCAACUUGGGGAGUUGAGGGACAUCCCGCAUCCGAGUUCUGGGCCUGGAGACAUAUCAAGUCCGUUGCAAGUGUGGACUCAGCGACUGGCAAGGCUGUACACCAGGACCAGUUUGCCAUGAAAGGCAGACCCAGCUCCUUCUUCCCCUACGGCGCGGGCUAUGUAAUGUGCCCCGGUCGAUUCUUCGCUAAGCAAGAGAUAUUACUGGCUGUUGCAAUCUUGGUGGCGAACUUCGAUAUCGAAUUUGAGCAAUGGAUCAAGGAGGAUGGCUCUGAUUCGGAUAGGCCGGCGCAGGAUGAUGGUCGAUAUGCGGCAUUUAUCGCCAUGCAUCCUGAUAGGGAGAUGGUAAUUCGAUGCAGGCGUUCGAAAGAUAUCGCCAAGCGUGGCUGA